AUGCCUGCGCUUCCGCCCACCCUGGCGGCAGCCGCGCCGGUGGCAUGGGGCGGCGGCAGUCUGGUGGAUGGGCGCGCGGCGUUCAGCGCGGACGGCCAGCGCCUGCUCUGCCCGUGCGGGGCCGUCGUCCGCGUCUUCGCGCUCGCCUCCGCCACCCAGGUGCGCAUCCCGCCGCCCAGGUGCGCAUCCCGCUCCGAGGUGGCGGUGCUGCAGGGCCACACGGCGCUCGUCACGUGCGUCUCCACCUCCGCCGUCGCCCGCUCGCCCGCCGCAUCCGCCGCUGCCGCUCGCGGCGCUGAUGACGACGAUGACCACAUGGGGAUCAACCCCCCUGCUGACGUGUCAGCUCCAGACUCUGCCACGUCAUCGAUGGUGUACGCGUGGAGCGGGUCGCUGGACGGAACGAUGCGGCUGUGGAACUUUGUAACGGGGGCCUCGCUAAGAGUGCUGCACCUGGGCCGACCAAUCAGAGACCUUGUGAGUGACUUUCACUCUCUGGAUCGCACCAUACACCCACGCCUGGGAUCCGAUUCGCACCUCCUUCCCCGCGCCACCGCCACCAAUCCUCCUCCCCACUACCCUCCUCGCUUCCCUGCGUACCCUCUCUCUGCACUCGUGAUGUAUCCGUAUGCGAGCACGGAGAUGGUGGAGGGGGCGGGCGGGCGCGAGGAGGAGAGGGCGGUGGCGCCGGUGGCGUUGGUGGUGGUGGGCAACGAGCAGCGCGGCUGCGACCUGCUGCACUACGACGUCGCUCCUCCACCAGGUCGCUCCUCCACCAGGUCGCUCCUCCACCAGGUCGCUCCUCCACCAGGUCACAACCUGCUCCUCGCCUGUGCCCGCCCUUCUCUUUCACGCUUUGCAUGCCAUGCUGCCGUGCGCCCCACUCACGCCACUUCGCCCCUCUCCCCAUCAACUCAACCCGCCCUGCCUGCCCCUGCUCCUCUCCCACUCUCUUCCCUUUUCCUUCCCCCCACCUCUUCCCCCUUCCUCUCCCCCUCCGUGCAGCUGCUCGUGUCCUCCCCGCUGGCCAUCAGCCCAGCGACGGGGCGCCUGCUGGCGGUGGCGUCGGGGAGGAAGGUGUUCGUGGCGCACUGCACGCGCCCCGCGCACCACGCGCGCCUGCACCUGCACCACCGCCGCGCGCUCACAUGCGUCGCCAUCCACCCCGAUGACCAGCAGGUGGCAGCGGGCGACGUGUUGGGGCGCAUGGUGGUGUGGCACGGCAUCGGCCGCCGCUCCGGCUGGGCGUGGGGCGCCGGGAGAGGGGGAGGAGCAGCAGGAGCAGGAGAAGGGGAGGAGGGGGAGGGCGAGGAGGAGGGAGAGGGGCGGAGGGGAGCGGAGGGGGAGGAGGACUGUGAGGCGGUGUCAUCGCUGCACUGGCACGCCUCCGCCGUGGCGGAUCUCGCCUUCUCCCCUGACGGGGUGCACCUGGUGUCCAUAGGCGCCGAGGCCGUGGCGCUCGUCUGGCAGCUGCAGUCCGGCGCGCGCCGCUUCCUCCCCCGCAUGCCCGCCGCCCUGCUCCGCCUCGUGCUCCCGCCCUCCCUGCUUCCCCCGCUGCCUCCCCCCAGCCCCUCCACACCCAGUGCAGCAGCAGCAGCAGGGGGGGCAGGGGGAGCGCGGUCGCUGGUGGCACCGUUGGCAGCACCGGAGGCGUUGCGGUUUGGGAUGCAGUGUGCGGACAACAGCGUGCGAGUGGUGGACCUCAGCGAGUCGUCCCUCAUCGCCUCCAUCCGCGGCAUCGCCCCCCCGCCCCCCACACGCCCCCUCCCCGCGCGCCACUUCAUCCUCCCCCCACUCGACCCCUUCAAAUCCCCCCUCGGCCCCCUCCCCUCCUCCGCCUCUGCCACCUCCUCCUCCCUCUCCAACUGCCUCCCGGCUGACGUGGCGCGCCAGCUGGCGGUUGAGCUGGCAGUGACGGGCGGCGGUGCCCCGUCAGCAGUGGUGCAGAGUGUGAGGGGCGGGAGUGCGCGGCUGGUGGUGGUGGGGCCACUGGGGCUGGUGCAGGUGUACGAGGUGGGGAGGCAGCAGGUGGUGGCGGCGGUGCAGCUGAUGCGCAUCAACGUGGUCUCCUCCGCUGAGGCCCGCUUCAAGCGCGCCUUGAAGCUGCAGGAGAUGCAGCAGCGCGACCAGGCCGUGCGCCUGCUGCAGGGCGGGCAAGGCAAAGCUCAGCAGCCGCAGCCACAGCAGCAGGGGCCGAAACCCCCGCCAAUCUGGGUGAGCCACGUGUGCUUCUCCCCUGACGGCCACACGCUGGUCACUGUUGAGAUCCGCCAGCCGGAAGAUCUGGCCGGCCAGCAGUCCACCCUCAAGUUCUGGGCGGCACCGUUCGGCGGCACUCAGGGCGUGAGGCAGGGCAGUGGCAAGGGAGGCAAGGGCGGCAAGGAGGGGCUGACGGCGCUGACGACGGCGGUGGAUGCGCCGCACGGGGCGGCGGGGCUGGUGACCGGCGUGCACGUGCGGGCGGGCGGCGACAUGGUGGUCACGUGCGGCACGGACGGUGAAUUCCGCACUUGGACCCGCGUGUGGGGCGAGGGGGAGGACGAAGGGGGGGAGGAGGGAGAGAGGAAGGGUGCCAAGCAGGGGCGUGGGGGAGUGAAAGGGGGCGGGGGGCGAGGGAGAGGAGGCGUGCAGGGGUCAGGGCAAGCGAAGACGGCGCGGGAGCGCAUGGAGGAGCGGGAGGCGGGCAUCGCACCGCUGACCUUCUGCUGGCGCUGCCGUGGGGUGGGCAGCUACGCCUCGCAGCCCCUCCUUGCAGCGAGCUUCUCCUGGGAGGGUUCCCUGCUGGCCGUGGCCGCCCUGCACCGCGUCACUCUGUGGGACCCCGACCGCCACGCGCUGCUGGCCGUGCUGCACUGCGCGCCCUCUCUCAGCCCCCUGCAGGCAGGCCUGCCGUGGCACCAGCCCGUCACCGCGCUCGCCUUCCUGCCCCACUCCCCCUUCCUCCUUGCUGUCUCCGGCGCCCUCGCCCCCUCGGGGACCUACUUUACGCCGCCAGGCUCAACCGCUGCCCCCUACGCGGCUCUGUCCGUGUGGAGUCUGCUCUCUCUCUCCCUCGCCUGGUGCCUCCACCUCCGUGUGCUCUCCCUCGCCACCCACCCCUCUGCACCGCUCUUCGCCGUCAUCGUUGCUGCUCCCACCGCUGGUGGCGGUGGUGGGAGGGGCGGCGACACAGGGCAGGGCGGUGGCGUGGAGAAGGACGAGGAAGGGGGGGAGGGUGAGGAGGAGGAGCACGGGGAGGAGGUGGGACCGAAGGAAGGUAGUGUUGGGAGGAGUGGGUGGGCGAGGAGGAGUGCAGGCGAAGGCGGGGCGGUGAAGGGGGCAGUGCUGGUGUUUGAGGGCGGGGAGAGCCCUGUGCCCAUCGCAGCGUGGGAGAUGGCUGAUGUCACUGCCGCCACUGUCGCCUUCCUGCCACCCUCCUCCGCACCUGCCGGCAGCAGCAGCAGCAGCAGCAAGGAAGGGACAGCGCAGUGGUCCAUCGUGGUGGUGAGCGGUGGCAGGGAGUAUGCGGUGCUGAAUGGGGAGGAGAGCCGGCCUGCGCCAGAUGCAGCGGGUCGGGACGUGGAGCUGUCAAAUGGUGCUGCUGCUGGCAUGGCGGACGGUCAAGCUCUUUCGGCCUUUGAAAGCAUCUAUGGAGCAGCAACCACCGCAGCGGCCGUGGCAGCAGCGGCAGGGGGUUUGUCGGAGAAGGGCAGAGCGGCGGGUGAAGGGAGGGGGCAAGGGGAGAUGGAGGCGGUGGAGGGGCGGCCGUGGGGCAGCCUGCUGUCAGCGCCGUCACACGUGCUGCCAUCGCUGUCCAGGCUGUCCAACGUGGCGGGCAUGCUGCAGCACUGCCGCGCGGAGCAUGGCGGGUUCGACUUGAAGCAAUUGCGAGCAGCGCAGAAGUGGGACGAGUAUCAGUGCAUCCGCGCUGUCAACUUCAUCCGUACCCACGUGGCGGCCCAUCGCUGCAUCCACUGCCUACAGUCCUUCCCCUCCCCACCUGACCUCAUUCAACACAUGGAAGCUUUGCAGCACUUUCUCCUCCCUCCUCUCCCGCUCUCCACCCCGCCCGAGCCCUCCGCCCCGGCCCCUUGGGGAGACGACGCAUACCUCAGAAGCUUCCUGGAAGGCGACCCUGUGCUGUACAGCUUGGAUGAUGACGACGAGGAGGGCAGCAGCGAGGGGGGCGCCAAGGGGGGCAGCGCUGAUGCUGCUGGCGGAGGGGGUGCGCGCGAGGCCAGUGCUGAGCUGCUCUCCCUGGCGCAGGGGGAGGGUGCGGGGGGGGAGCAGGGGGAGGGGGAAGGUGCAGGGGCGGAGAGCAGUGGGAGCGGAGGUGCGGGAGUGCAGGCAGCCCGCACAGGGGGGGUGAGAGGGGGAGUAGGCAGCUCAGGUAUACCUUCAGGUGGAACUUCAGGUGGUUCUUCUGUUGGCAAGGGCAAGGAGAAGGUGGGAGAAGUUGCAGGAGCAGGGGGGGAGGUGGAGGGGUGGGAGGGUGCAGACGGGGAGGACGUGGCGCCCUCUUUGGAGAAGUACGUGACGCUGGCCAAUCAGGUGCUGCUGCUGCGACAACAGAACGCACAGCUGGCACACCAGCUGGCUGCCACGUCAGCAGGAAGGGCUCCAGAAGGCCCUUUCAGUGCCACUGCCGGUGGUGCAGGCACGGCCGCCCCACGCACGCCGUUCUCCACGCCCAUGGUCUCGCCCUCCCCCAGUACCGCCUCCCUCAUUGCCACCGCCACUGCCGCUGCCGCCAUUGCCUCUGCUGCAGCACAAGCCUCAGGCGCCAGCAACACCGCUGAAGCUGCCACCGCUGAUGGUGCUGCAGCAGGCGCGGGUGCAGGGCCUGCUGCUCCGUCGGCUGCUGCAGCAGCGUGGCAGGCGCAGAGCAUGGGAGCGCCGCGCACGCCCUUCUCCACGCCGCUGGUCUCCCCCUGCCCCAGCUACGCCUCCCUUGCCACCGCCGCCGCUGCUGCCGCUGCUGCUGCAGGCGUGGGUGAGUCGGGGGUGGGCAGUGGGAUGCACGAGGGGUCGGUGAAAGACAUGCUGCUGCAGGUGAGGCACGGCGAGCAGCAGCACAAGCAGGGCCGACCUCCCAUUCCCGUAUCCCCCCGCCCAGCCUCCACUGGCGCCCUUGCUGCUGAGAAAGCGGUGGGUGUGGUGGCUGCAAAGGCAGGUUUGGCAGGAGGGGAAGGCACGGCAGGGCUAGGAUUGGAAGGAGGAGGUUCGGGAACGGGCAGCCCGGUGGUCCCUCGGACGCCCUUCUCCACGCCGCUCGCCUCGCCCUCCCCCAGCUACGCCCUGCUGCCCCUCGAUGAGGCCCAGAGGAAGCUGGCAGCCGUUGCUGAGACGGUGGAUGGCGCCAUGGAUGGGGAGGCCGCCGCGGCUUCACCUGCAGCACCUGCUGUUGCUGGUGCGGGUGGGAAGGGGGAAGGGGAUGGGGAGGAGGGGCAGGCGGCGAGGAAGCGGCGGCAGGUGACGUUUGGGGCGGUGCGGGAGAGGCAGGUGCGCGUGAUCGACGCCAACUACUUCAGCUCCUACGCCGGCUUCGGCAUCCACCGCGAAAUGCUCUCCGAUAAGGUCCGCCCCGCUCCCUUGCCUGUGCACACCGGCUCUGUGGUAGGAGGCAGGCUGGCUCGGACCACAGCCUACCAGGCAGCUUUGGAGGAGAACCCGAGCCUGAUUGAGGGAGCAACAGUGCUGGAUGUGGGCUGUGGCACAGGCAUUCUCAGUCUGUUUGCAGCGCGCGGAGGAGCAGCGAGGGUGGUGGCGGUGGAUGGCAGUCGAGAGAUUCUCACCGUGGCUCAGCAGAUAGCGCGCGACAACGGCUAUCUCGCGGGCGCCGAGUCCGCCCCCCCUGCUCCCAGCAGCACCUCUGCCAGCGCGCCUCAGCGCACCCCACGCCCCGUGGUGUCCUUCGUGUGCAGCAAGAUCGAGGACCUCUCCCCCGCCCCCACCGGGACCACUCAAGCACCCGCGCAGGCGGGCGCUAGCGGCGAGGGGGCGGGAGGCGGGGGAGGCGGCGGGGAGGUGGCGUUGGAGCGGGGGAGUGUGGACGUGAUAGUGAGCGAGUGGAUGGGGUACGCGCUGCUGUACGAGUCCAUGCUGCCCUCUGUGCUGCACGCCCGUGACACCUGGCUCAAACCGGGCGGCGCCCUGCUGCCCGACACCGCCUCCAUGCACGUGGCGGGGUUCGGUGAGGGAGCAACGAGUGUGGGGUUUUGGAGGGACGUGUACGGCUUCAGCAUGGCGUCUGUGGCGCGCGAGAUAGAGGACGAGGCGGCUCGCACGCCGCUGGUACAGGAGGUGAAGGCGUGCGAUAUAGUCACGUCCACCGCCACCAUCAAGCACUUUGACCUGUGCACCGUGGCAGUGCCGGACCUCGACUUCACCUCUGAAUUCUGCAUCACUCCAACCCUCCCCACCUCCUCUGCUGCCGGGCCAGCUCCCGCUGACAGCCCUGCCGCUGCAACUCCAGCAUCCCCUGCCUCCGCCUCCCCCGCGCUGUGCUACGGGCUGGCGCUGUGGUUUGACACGGCCUUCUCCGCCCGAUUCUGCUCCGCCAAGCCAGUGCUGCUCUCCACGUCGCCCUUCUGCACGCCCACCCACUGGGCCCAAACCCUCCUCACCUUCCGCGAACCCAUUGCUCUCGCACCUGCAGCACAGUCCACGGCUGCAGUGCUGAUCGGAGAAACCCCACCACUGGGAACAGGAGCGGUGGGGUCGGAGGGUAGGCCGGCGGUGGAGGUGAGGGGGAGGGUGAGUGUGGUGCGCGCCAGCAAGCACCGCAGCAUUGACAUUUCAGUGGAGGUGGUGGCGGUGGGCGCUGAUGGGGGCAAGAAGGCAUGGCCCGCUCAGAUGUUCACCAUAUGA